AGCUGGAUCACAUAGGGAAAUAAGGUCUCAAGACCUGCAUAAUGAGUAGAGUAAGGUGGCUUUCAUGCUUUUAUUCCCUCAGCCAUUCAUAUGACUUUCUUGAUUCAUGUUGUGGGAUGCUACAUUUUCUGUUGUUCUUGAAUUAAAGUUCCCUUUUUUGUUUUUUCUUCCAUAAUUGCAAAGUUUGGGAAUGACCCACAAGAUUUCUUCUUGAGUUUGGUGCUGAUUUUGAUUCUACAAAAAUGGAGCUUACUGUCAUGGCAGUUGGUUCUGCUGUUUUAGUGUUUUUGGUGCUGGUUGUUAGACCUCUGCAGUGUGAGCAACCUGCUGUUGUGAAAGUUGGUGCUGUCUUUACCUUUGAUUCUGUGAUUGGUAGAGGGGCGAAGAUAGCCAUGGAAAUGGCAGUUGAAGAUAUAAACUCAGACCCAAGAAUCCUGAAUGGGACUCAACUGAGAAUGGUUAUGGAGGACCCAAAGUGCAGUGCGUUCAUGGGCUCAGUUAAAGCUUUGCAGAUGAUUGAAAAGGAAGUGGUGGCCAUUGUUGGUCCGCAGUCCUCUGCAAUAGCUUCUAUAAUUUCUCAUGUUGCCAACGGGCUCCAUAUUCCGGUAAUUUCAUACGCUGCCACCAGCCCAACACUAUCUUCCCUCCAGUUUCCUUACUUUCUCCGGACAACAGCAACUGACUCCAACCAAAUGGCCGCCGUUGCUGAUAUAAUAGACUUAUAUGACUGGAAAGAGAUUAUUGCGGUCUUUAUGGAUAAUGAUUACGGGAGAAAUGGAGUAACUGCACUAGGCCAUGAGCUUGAUAGAAAGAGGGCAACAAUUUCUUAUAGACUUCCUUUGUGUCCUGAAUACAACAUUAGUAAAAUCUCUGAUGUUCUUAACAAAUCCAAGGCACUUGGGCCUCGUGUUUAUGUUGUGCAUCUUGAACCUGAUCCAAGUUUGAAAUUCUUUAGAAUCGUGAAGGAACUCGAUAUGAUUACUAGCAACUACAUUUGGCUCACAACGGACUGGCUUUCAUCUACUUUAGAUUCAUUACCAGGAGAUAGAGAUUCUUUAGAAAUCCUUCAAGGGGUAGUCACACUUCGUCCGUAUAUUCCCAACAACCCCAAGAAAAAGGCCUUUACGGCUCGUUGGAGAAAUAUGCAGCUCAAGGCAAAAUUCACCACAUAUGGACUCUAUGCUUAUGAUACAAUGUGGCUUGUUGCAUUUUCAAUAGACAGAUUUCUGAAAGAGAAUGGAGGCUUAACAUUUUCCUUGAACAAUAAGUUGCAGUUUGGGAAUCUUAAAGUUUUUGAUGGUGGAGAACUUCUACUAAAGUUUAUAACGAGCUCAAAUUUUACGGGUUUAACAGGCAAGGUUCAGUUUGAUGCUGAUCGAAACCGUAGAGGCAUUGAUUAUGAGAUUAUUAAUGUUGUCAAAGGGACAGCUUAUAAGGUUGGUUAUUGGUCAAAUGUAACUGGUCUAUCUGUUCAAAGCCCCGAGUCUCACAAGGGAAAUAAAGGUUGCUAUUCCCCUGAAGCUCAGAAGCUUAGUAAUAUUACUUGGCCUGGUGGGGACGUUGAAAAGCCGCGUGGAUGGGUGAUAGCCACUAUGGAAAAACCGUUGAUAAUUGGAUUUCCGAAAAGUGUAGGCUUCAGUGAAUUUGUGUCAGAUCUGAACUACAACCACAGUGCACAAGGUUACUGCAUUGAUCUGUUUGAUGAAGUGCGGAAGCUGGUUCCUUAUGAAGUUCCUUUCAGAUUUGAGCCAUUUGGAGAUGGCCUAAAAAAUCCAAAUUAUGAUGAGCUUGUUAGAUUGGUUGCAGAUGGUGUUUUCGAUGCAGCAGUUGGGGACAUAACUAUCACGACCAACAGGAUAAAACUUGUUGAUUUCACUCAGCCUUUCUUCGCAACAGGCCUCGUCGUUGUAGCCCCAAUUGUAAAUUCAACAUCAGGUGGUUGGGUGUUUAUCAGACCAUUUACUCUUGAGAUGUGGUGCUCCACUGCAGCUUCAUUCGUAAUAAUAGCAGUGGUUAUUUGGAUGCUCGAGCACCGUGUCAACGAUGAUUUUCGUGGCCCUCCUUGUAGACAGCUAAAAACUAUGUUCUUGUUCAGCUUCUCAACACUGUACAAAGCAAAUUAUGAAAAUCCAAUAAGCACACUCGGAAGGAUCGUAAUGGUGGUGUGGCUAUUCCUGUUAUUAGUGAUCACAUCAAGCUAUACAGCAAGCUUGUCAUCCAUUCUCACGGUCCAGCAGCUUUCACCAGGUAUUACAGGAAUUGACAGUUUGAUUUCAAGUGGACUACCAGUAGGAUAUCAAGAGGGAUCUUAUGCUUAUAACUAUAUGAAGAACAAUCUGAACAUACAUGCGUCGAGGCUCAUUUCUUUAGGCUCCCGAGAAGAAUAUGAGACUGCACUGCGACGAGGGGCGACAAAUGGAGGGGUGGCUGCUAUUGUCGAUGAGAAACCUUAUGUAGAAUUGUUUCUGUCAACGCAGACGGAUUUUGGAAUUCUGGGACUGCCAUUUACGAAGAGUGCCUGGGGUUUUGCGUUCCGAAAGGACUCUCCCCUUGCUGUCGACAUGUCCACAGCAAUCCUAAAGCUUACAGAGAGCGGUCAAUUUCAGAGGAUCAAAGAGAAAUGGUUCUGUAAGUCCGGCUGUUCAGACGAGACAAGACGAAAGUCAGAGCCUAAUCAGCUCAAUCUCAGCAGCUUCUGGGCACUCUACUCUCUUUGUGGCACAUUUGCCCUCAUGGCUUUCUUUCUCUUCCUAAUCAGAGCCAUUCGCCAGUACAUCAGAUAUAAAAGGAGGCAGAUGGAUCUUUCUUCUCCCACACCCUCAAUCUCAUCCAGCUUUGUUUUCUCUCAGGCCAUUCACAACUUCUUAAAUUUCAUUGAUCAGAAAGAAGAAGCCAUCAAGAAGAUGUUCGCUCAACCUGCCAUACCUCCGACUCAAGUAAGUCAAUAAAUGUACAUUAAAGCCAAGAUAUAUGUCAGGUAUAGGAUCCUAUCGUGAAAAGGGAUCGACAAUUUGAUUUGUAAAUAUUGUUAGGCUAGAUCAUAAAACACAGAACUGAGUAGCUCAUUCUUGUAUGCUUAAACUCUUGUUCUAGAGGUAGGAGGCUUACGGUUUGAUAGCUUCUCUUGUUUGUACAAGAUGCCCACAAGGGGCACCUGUUUUCUGUCUUGCUGCAAAAUUACAUCAUGUCGAUUACAAACUUGAUAUUAGCGUAAACUCGGCUUCUAAACUACAUUGUUCCUGUGCUAUUUAUUUUGGAUCGUUUUGUCGCUUUGCUUCUUAGACCAGUCGAUUAGCAGAAGACGGCAUUGUAAAUAAUCCUAGCUUUUGACGUUUUCAUCGAUGUUAAGUUAUUUUCUGGUGUACUUUGGUAGAGUUUGAACUCUGAAGUGUGCCAUCCUACCAUUGUUUCUGCUUGUAAUGAGCCCCAUUUCUGGUAGCUAUAUGUUUUUUGAUUGAUCUUUAGAGCAACUUUUGCUCAGUUUUCCAAGAGGAGCAUAUUUCCAU